AUGGGCAGCCCAAGCCUAGCCCACACCUACCGCACCGCCAUGCGCCGCCACCGCUUCGGCUACGCCCUCUACGAGCCAGCCCCCUUCGCCCGCCUACGACCGGGCAUGCUGGGUUACCUCGACGACGAGUACCAGCGGUGGCACCCCAUUCUCGACCUAACCGACCCCGCGGUCGUCCAAGCCGCAGGGUACGGUCCGCUGCGGCCGGUGCAGCGCAGCCCGCCCGACACGCGCCGCUACGGACCGUUGACGGCGGAUAAGGUCACCGAGACGAGCGUGGAGAUGAAUGCGGGCGUGGGGGCCGGGGCCGUGGGUUUGCCGGUGGAUGUGGGCGGGUUGGUCCGGUACAGCACCGCGGGCGGGUUUGGGGCUGUGUUGCUCUGCGGGGAUGAGGUCGUAUCGGAAGGGUUUGACUUUCGCGAUCCGUUUUCGUUGUGGCUGCAGCGGCAUGCUAAGUUGCUGUUUGCCCGGUAUCCGGAUGCGAAGAGGCAUGGGCUUUGUGCUGUGACGUGGACGUAUUCGUCGACUGAUGUUGGGAUUGCGACGUGGGAGAACUCGGAGGGCAGCGUGACGGUUGGGACACAUGUCGGCGCCGCGGGGGUCGCAAAGUUCGGUCCGGAGGUGUCGUGGGUUCGCGGCGCGUCGAGCAGCGGGUGGUCGACUUGGAAGGACCAGAAACGCGUCGUCUUUUUUGCUGGCGUCAAGAUCAAGAGUGGUUUGUUUGGGUCCCUACGGGAAGAGCCGGAGAAGAACUGGCGUAGCGCUGGCGAUGCUUUUGUUGUCCAAGAUGGUGAGAAUGCUCCCUACACGGUUUCGGUUGAGCAAUUCGGAGACGAUUGGUAUCACAUUCGCAAGGCUGGGGAGGGAGAUGAAGAAAAGGAACAAGUUGGCGAUGAUAAAGAAAACCUAUCGGCGAGUGGUACCUGA